AUGAGUGAAUCACCUUCAACUAGUUACUCGGUGAAUCAGCCAAACUCCUCCGAGAGUGAACACAGUUCUUCCAUGCGCCUUUUCAAUGUUACUGAACCUGUUGUAGCAAAACGGAUCUGUUUCUAUAAAAGUGGAGAUCCCCAGUUUAAUGGGAUCAAAAUGGUCAUUAAUAACCGGUCUUACAAAACAUUUGAUGCCUUACUGGAUAGUUUAUCCAAACGGGUCCCAUUACCUUUUGGAGUAAGGAAUAUUAGUACACCAAAAGGGAGACACAGCAUCACCAAUUUGGAGGAUCUUGAAGAUGGAAAAUCUUAUAUUUGCUCCCAUCAGAGGAAAAUGAAGCCCAUCAACCUGGAACAGGCUAGCAAAAAGCCACUGCCCUGGCAGAUCAGUAGACCUGUUAGCGCUCAUGGAUUUGGUCAUCGAGAAAGCAAAAUAACAACUCCCAAGAAGAUGCUUGUUUUCAAGAAUGGGGAUGUAAAACUCAGACACACCAUAGUUCUGGGAAAGAAAAAUACACAAACCUUUGAGGCCUUUCUGGAUUAUAUGAGCGAGAUAAUGCAAUAUCCAGUCGUGAAACUAUAUACCACUGAUGGCAGAAAGGUUCCUAAUCUUCAGGCCCUGAUAUUGUGCUCUGGAGCUGUAGUCGCAGCGGGGAGAGAGCCUUUUAAACCAAAGAAUUAUCAGUCUGUUGGGUAUUCACAACCUGCUAAAUUGCUUGGAUUUGCAAAUCGCGUGUACCCAAAAGCAAAUGCCAAGUCAGAAAGUGAAAAUACGAUAGCUGAAAUGGGCUCUAGCUCAAGAUCUCAGAUAUUCACAGUUUCUUCUGAUAAAGGGUCCAGCAAUGAUAACAACUCAAAUGAUAACAACUCAGAUUCUUCCUAUGUUCCUGACAGUCAUAAUGGUAUAGGAGGAAAUCAGUCAGUUACUGGUGAAGACUUAUCUGUGGCACAGUAUGAAGAUGACAUUGAGAAAUCUGUUCACCUUAAUCAAGAUGGCAGUAUCACAGUGGAAAUGAAAGUUCGAUUCAAAAUUAAAGAGGCAGAAACCAUUAAAUGGACAACCACUGUAAGUCAUGCUGGCCUUUCUGAUGACAAAAAUACCACCAUUUGCAAUUCUGCAAUGCAUGCAGUAGACUGCUUAUCCAAUGUAAAUGUAUCAGAAUGUAUAAAACCAGAAGAUGCUCCAUUUUUGAAGAGCUACAAUAAAGAAGAGAGCGACUCAUUACAGCAAUUCAAUGCAGACGUGUCAGACACAGAAUCAGAGUCUGAUUUAAAAACUGCUGGUUGUAAUAGCUGUAAGAAGAACAAUUCUGCAGAUCUAGACGUAAGCAAUGUACCUGAGGAUAAUAUCAGGCCUCGCUUUUAUAGGCCUCCAACCCCUGGGCCAAGGCGUGCUAGACAAAAGAAAGCACUAGUUGAAAGUGUCACCUUGGUAUCUGAGAAAGACAUUCAGGAGAAGACAAUAGAACAGUUUUCCUACAGUGAGGAAAUACAGAACAGAGAAAAUAAAUCUGAGUAUUGCAUGGUAGCUCAUUCAAGCAGAAAAAAAUCAAGUGUCAGUAAUCCAAAGUUUAGUGAGAUGAGUGACAAUGAUUUAUUAAAGCUUUCUUCAGAGAAUGUAAAAGAAGAAAUGCUUUUCAAAGUAAGCCACAAAAACAAUAAUUUAAUAGAAACCACAAAUAGGAAGACAGUAGAAGUGCCUGAUAAGGAUGAAUUGGUACAGAAUAUACUAGAGAAAUCAGUUGUGGAACAAGAUUCAGUGCAUUCAGCCUGUCCUGGACAUAGCCAGAUGAAGAUGAUGGUACCUCCAUGUAGUACAGCUCCUAUUGAGAAAAUAAAUCCAACAACUGGAUUCUUUCCUACUGUUACCAAAAGUGAGAAUCAAAUCAGUGUCAGGACUGAAUCUGUCAGGGCAACACAUCUCAUUGAUGACAGCCAAUCUGUAUCUUCCCUCACCGAAAAGAAGAAGAAGAGGAAAUCGUCUGACUUUCUAGAGCAGGGUACAUAUGAAAAUCAAAAAGAUAAAGAAAUUUCAGGGAUAAUUAAAAGUGAGGGAAUGCAUAUCACAAGCAAAACUGCACAGGAUUCCACAACAGAGGCUAUGGAUAAUUAUUCUGAAAUGCCUCAGGAAAAAGGAAUGGAAUUUUUUGUAAAAAACAAUGAUGGGUCUGUCAAUUCAGACAAAAGCAUAUGUCCUGAAGAUGAAUUCUAUCACCAGGAUUCAGUGGAACAAAAUGGAUUAUUAUCUAAUAAAAAACCAAGAAGUAAUAACAACCAGUUGGCCAAGAAAGAGAAAAAGCAAAAGGGGAUGAAGAAAAAUCUAAGUAAAGGUGCAAAGAAGUUGAGUAUGUCAGAGAGAGCCAUUACAGUAGAGGCUUUAAACCAGGAGGAUUUUCAAGAGGAGGUUGUUGAGCAUUCACUUGAAAACUAUGUCCAAACUUGGCUGAAAAACUUGUUACCAAAUUCUGUCUUACCCCCUAUAAAUAAAAAAGAAGGGAAUGUAGAGAAUAACGAUGUCUGUCAUUUUCCUAAAGAAAAUACUGAUGCUUCUAUAGAUAAACAAAUAAGAUUUAUCACAAAUAAAGUGCAUGUGACUGGAAAAAACCAUCUGGUUGAACAUAAUCUAACCAAAAAAACAUUAAAGCCUAUUUGUGAAUUGGGAACUUUAGAAGAAUCAGCCAAGGAUUCAGGUGAAAAACAAACUGACUCUUUGAUUCAUGCUAAUACAAAUAUAGUAGAAGAAGCCAAGUAUUCACUAAAGUCAGAACUUCAUCAUGAUGGUAAGCUACACUUGUUUCAUGAAACACAUGACAAUGAUAAAAAAAAGUCAGAAGUUGAUAUUCAAGAUACCAACCCCUGUCAAAGAAAAAAGUCUGAAGUUGCUGUUCAAGUUGAUUGUGCAAUUGUCAAUGAGGAAAUGGGAAUUGAUGUUCAGAAUAAUUGCAUGUCUAGCAUGUUGCUGCAUGAACUACAAUCAACUUUGCUUGGUCUUCACAAAGAACAUAGUGGAUGUAUAGGAAAAGCUUGCAGCCUUUCAGAUCUUUCUCCUUCAGCUUUUGGUUCUUCCUCCAAUGUCCUCCUAGCUUGGCUACUUGUACUGAAUCUGAAAGAGAGUUUGAUUGGAACUAUCAAUGAUGAUAUACAAAAAACUACCUGUAGCUGUUCUGAAAUAUUUACACAGUUACAAUUUCUGAAACAAACUGCAGUCAUAGAAAAAGUUGAUGAACUGAAGGCUGCCUUCUCACAUUUUCAACAAUCAACAGAAAACAACUUACCACACUUCGGGAGGGAACUCAAAAAGCAGGACUCUGCACGUUGCCAUGAGAAUAUGCCCAUAUCUGAAAUUCAUAAUGGUAAACAUUUGCAUGAAAAUGAAAAAUCUGUUGAGCCUUGUAUUCCAAAGGACAGUGUAAAUUCUGAAGAAGCUCUAAAAUUGGCUGGUGAAUUAGAAAAUUGUUUUGAUAUACAGAAAGGUCUUUGUAGAGAAACAGAGACUUUAGACUUGAGUGCUCCCAAAACACAGCUAGAUGGUCAAUAUGCCAAUACUAAUUCAAAUACCUGUAGCCUUGCAUCAGCUAUAGAGCCACCUGAAAGAAAUGAAGAAAUGCCUGAUAGCCCAUAUAAAAAAUCUCAAGAUAAAAACACUGAUGCAUCAUUCAUUGAUGAAGAGUCAGGAACUUCAGUAGAACCUAACUCAACAGUUCAUAGUAUAACUUCUAAUGAUAAAAAUCGUAUUUUAGAUCAGGAUACUUCUGAGUUAGAAGGUGAAAAAGAUAUUAUACAUGUUACUGCUGAUAAAAGUGAAGAUGAGAAAGUUGAUCCAAAGUCAGCAGGUAAUGACAAAAACCCAAAUAACCAACUUAAACUAGUUGCUGAAACCUCUGUAGAAUAUAAUAAUGAGGAUUAUUCUGUACAGGAAGACAAGGAAGAUGCAGAAACUUGUGAGGAAACCUCUGAGAGGUUAUCUACAGUCUCUCCAUUAUCAUUUUGUUAUGAAUCAAAGCAAAUUACAGAAUGUGAUAUGAGCGAAGGAGAACAGAAAUUGCAAGUAGAAGAACUGGAGAAUAAAACACGUUCGGACACUUCUCAAUUAAAAAAAUGCCUAAAAAGUCCUGCUACUUCAGACUGGUCAGAUUAUAGACCAGAUACUGAAGAGAGUGAUUAUAACUUUAGAGCAUCCAGUGAUUUAACCAAUGACAGCGGGGAGGAAGCAGUACUUGAAAAACAUUAUAAUACUGGCUAUGUAAAAAGAACUAUUGAACGACUUUAUGGCAAAACGGAAGCUUCAUUUAAGCCUGACUUUCACAAAGGAUUUCCUUGUAUGUUGAAAGUAUUUCAAAAGGAUACUGAAGAAUUCCACUCUGCAGUGGUGGAAAAAACCGUUUCUUUUUCUCAAGAACCUAGGUCUUGUUCUGCAGAGAAAUUGUUACAUUCUUCACUACCAUCACAAGGACUUCCAGUAAACAGAAACAAACAUGACAUUAUAUCAAGAAGAGAAAAUACUUCUUUACCAACACCACAACAUACUCUUAACAGAGAAGAGACGAGUCAUACUAAUGACCGUUCAGGGGAAUCUCCAGAGCAACACUGUCAACCUAGCGUACAAGCUAAUGAAGAUGAAGGAAUAUUGAUAGAUAAAGGCAAAUGGCUUCUCAAAGAGAAUCAUUUGAUAAGAAGAUCACCACCUGAACGGAUUGGAAUGUAUGGUAAUUUGGAUACAACAUCAACAGACACAGUCCUUGAUACUAACAGUGAUGAUGUUCCAUACUCGCACUUUGGCAAUCUAAAUCAGUACCCAGUCCUCAAUGAAAUCUCUUCUUCAGAACUUGAAGACAUGGCUAAACCUUCUGAAAAUUUUUGCAACUACUUCAAUAUACCUCAUAAUAGUGAUUCAGACCCCUUUCAGGAUGACUUAAGUAUAAAAACCAAACCUAGCCGCAAUGGUAAGAUCACUGCCCUUCCUGCAGCAAAGAAAGAAAAGAUCAAACCAUCAGUCAUGGUAGGUUCUACUUCCACACAUCUUUCCACACAGGCUGAUACCAAUUUUCCAGCCUUUACAACUGGAGAAUUUAGAUUGCCUGGUAACAAGGUGCAUCCAUUGGAACAGCCUUUAAAUGAUGAACCCAUACAGUCUCAGCCAACUGAUGUUAGUAAUGCUAACAGAAGUGCUCUUCAGGAAGAAGAUUCUCUGGAUAAACUCCAUGCUAUAUGUGGCCAACAUUGUCCAAUCCUGAUGGUGACAGUAACACCGAUUAAUGAGGAACAGAGAGGAUAUGCCUACCAAAAGGCAUCUGAUAUUGAGAACCAGCUGGGUCCAUGUUUGUUGGCCAAAAAGAGUGAACAUUUACAAUGGUCAGGCGAAGAUUUAAUAACAGACAAAAAUAAUCAUGUGACUCUGAAGAAUAACUGUAUAAAUAAGAUUGCCAAUAAUAUUUUUAAUAGGUUUUAUGCUAAUAACACCUUAGAUUUUAUUAGUAACUUUGGAAUACUUGCGUCUUCAACUCUGAAAAACACAAGCAGUUUAGGGAAGUUACAUGUUGUAGAGGCUAGGAAAUGGAAGGUGUCAGUCCUCACCAGUGAUAUACCAUCUGCAGGAACAAGCUCAAAGGUUUAUAUUACAUUGUAUGGGGAUCACAGCAGUUCGGGGCCUAUUUUUCUUGAUGGAGAGGAGGGAAAAUUAUUUCAGAGAGGCAAUGAAGACAUCUUCACAGUUAAUACUGGAAACAUAGGACAUCUCUACAAAAUACGCAUAGGACAUACGAAUGCAGGAAACUCCCCUGCCUGGCACUGUGAAGAGGUGCAGUUGCUGAACCUUUUCUCAGGGGAGGAGUUUUCUUUCCCUGCACAUCGAUGGCUGGCCUGGGACCAGGCUGAUGGGGAAAUAUCUAUGGAGCUUCCUGUUUUACAGCAGGGUCAGCCUAUUCUUCCAGUGACUGCCUAUGAAGUGCAUGUGACAACAGGAGAACUAUGGAAUGCUGGAACUGAGGCUGAUGUCUAUAUUUCUGUCUAUGGAGAAAGAGGUGAUACAGGAUCAAGACAGCUGCUCAGGUCACAGAAACCCAACAAAUUUUUAAAAGGACAAACUGACAUCUUUGCUGUUGAAGCUGUGCACCUGGGACAUUUGUACAAGAUUGUUAUAGGACACAACGGUCUUGGAUCAGGAAACGGCUGGUUUCUGGACAAAGUUGUAAUCAAGGAUCCUAUAACAGAUUUGGAUUAUACUUUUCUUUGUCACAGGUGGCUGGACCAGGGGCAGGAUGAUGGCAAUAUUGCUAGAGAACUGACUGUGACAGAUGCCAGCACGUUUCCAGGAAGUCUUUUUGAUGUAAAUGUCAAAGGGAGAAAUAUAUGUAUAUUCAGCAGUCAUCAGAUGCCACGUCUUGCUCUUGCUCUUGUCAAUGGCCAUGUAAUUGGAAAGAGCAAAGACAAGACUUGCUGUGAGCUCUGUGUUCACCUUCAACCAAAUGGUUGUGCCAUUCUUGAGUCAGCCAGGAACCCAGGUCACACCAUUACGUUCAAUCUUCAAGGCAAAGUAGCUGAUGAAACAACUGGAUAUGCUGGACUUUCCAAAGAAUUUGUUGUGCAUGUCAAGGGCAUAGGUGAUGAAUACUGUCACUUUAAAAUUGAGAAGAAUUUGGAAACUGGAUCUGUAAGUCUAGAAUCAGUGCAAAAUAAAGGGAUAUAUGUUGGUCUCCUGCCAGAUGGCCAGACUAAGCCAGUCAUUAACACUGGAGAGAGAAACAUUUUUUUCUACCCACAGGUCAUCAAAUUUGGCUGGGAAAAGCCCAUGGGAACAUCUGCAGCACCCAAUCAAGAGAAGAAAGACUUCAGAGAAUCUAAACUCCAACCAGCAAAAGCCCAGAAGCCAGUAUCACAAAGUCUUUCAACUUUUCCACCCUCAAAGGAAAUGAGAAAUCCACAAGGUGGUGAGUGUCCCCCUCCUUCAGAUGAUGAAUGGAAAGUGUCAAUGCUGACAGGAAGUGCAGGAACUCAAGCAAAUGUCGUUCUCUGGAUAUAUGGAGACAGAGGAGUAGCUGGACCAAUAACUCUUGGCAAGGACAACAGAAAGCAGCUGUUUCUUCCCAGGCAGGAGGAUGAAUUUCAGGUUAAAAUAAAAAGCAUUGGGAAUAUCUAUAAGAUAAGAAUUGAACUUGAUGGAUUACCGAAUGAACAAUCAGAGUGGAACUUACAAAGGGUGAUACUGCAACAUCUAAAGAGCAAGAAAACACUGAAUUUUCCAGCAAACACAUGGUUGUCAAAGAAUCGUGAUGAUAGAGAUUUUCUCUGUGAACUUCCAGUGGUGGAAGCUGGAAAACCUGUCUAUCCAAUUGUUUUAUACCAUGUUUAUGUCUACACUGGCGACAUGGAGCAAGCUGAUACAGAUUCUGCAGUUUAUCUGUGUAUCUAUGGAAAAAGAGGAGAUUCUGGCCUAAGACUUCUGCAUAAAUCUGGUAUACCACUGACUUUUCAGAGAGGAAUGGUCAGUGCUUUCGAAGUGGAAGCUGUAUCUCUUGGAGAACUGCAGAAGGUGCUGUUGCGCUGUGAGGCUAAUGCCAAGUCCCAGUAUUGGUACUGUGACAAAGUCAUUGUCAGAGAAACUGAGAAGAACUCGGAAUAUGUUUUCAAUUGUGCAAGAUGGCUUCCAUUUAUGUCCCAAGGUGUAAUUCAUUCAGAAAUUGAGCUGUACCCUCAAGAAGGAGACUGGAAGAUAACUGUAGUCACUGGGGAUUUUGUAACAGCUGGCACAACAGCAACCGUAUCCCUUUACGCUUAUGGAGAAAACAAAGCUUCUGGUCCUAUUAUUUUGGGAUCUGGGAAACACCAGAUGUUUAAUCCCAACAGUGAAGAUACAUUUAAGAUUAAUCUCAGAGAUCUUGGGCAGCUAUAUAAAAUCCGCAUUGGCCACGACAACACUGGAAAUGAUCCCAGUUGGUACCUGGAGGAAGUCAGACUUGAAAGAGUAGUCCCUCUUUCUGAUGAAGAGAUUUGUCUCCCCAUAGAGUGCUGGCUUGCAGAAGACAAGGGUGAAGGUGAUACGUGGAGAGAAGUGGCAAUAAGAAACCCCACAAAGGAGCUUUUGCCAUUGUUGGUGUAUGAGGUCCAUGUAUACACGGGUGCUAAACUUGGUGCUGAAACAGAUUCUAAUGUUUUUAUCAACCUCAUUGGGACAAGAGGAGAUACUGGCAAAAGGAAGCUCCACAGAUCUAAGAAUAAUAAUGUAAAAUUUCGACAUGGACAGAUGGAUAUUUUCUGCAUAAAGGCUGUCUCACUGGGAGACUUGGAAAAAGUUCUGAUUAGCCAUGAUGGAGCUGGUCCAGGUAACGGAUGGUUCCUGGAUAAGAUUGUCAUCAAACAAAAAGAAGGAAAGGAAGCUCAGGAGGUUGCAUUUCAUUGUAAUAGAUGGUUAGAUGAAUAUCAAGAUGAUGGGAAAACUGAGAGGGAGCUAACUGCCAAUAAGAAUGGCAAUUUAAAGAAGGCAUUCCUUAAAGCACAACAGUGGAGAGUGCAGGUUAAGACAGAUGGAGAUUCCCCAGAGCCACAAGAGUGUAAAAGGACCCUUGUAAUUUAUGGCUCAAAGGGCAAAAGUGAUGAGCUUCUGCUUUCUCCACAGACCCCAGGAUAUGUGUGCUUUCUACCCAGAGCAACAGAUGAAUUCAUUGUUGAGACUGGAGAUCUGGGAGAUGUAUACAAGAUUCGGGUCAGCUGUGAUGAUGUGCCAGGCUUUGAGGGCUGGCAUUUGAAGUCUUUUCACUUAGAAGAGCUACAUACAAAACAAGAACUGAACUUUGACUGUAAGUGCUGGCUCUCUCUUAACAGAGAAGACAAGGAGCUGGUGAAAGAAUUCCCUGCAGUCAAUGAGGACCAGAAAACUUUACCAGUCUAUAAGUAUGUUGUCUCUGUACAUAUUGGCGACCGCUGGGAAGCAGAAACAUUUGCAAAUGUUUAUAUCACUCUCUAUGGCAAAAGAGGGGACACAGUCUAUAAGUAUGUUGUCUCUGUACAUAUUGGCGACCGCUGGGAAGCAGAAACAUUUGCAAAUGUUUAUAUCACUCUCUAUGGCAAAAGAGGGGACACAGGUGUGAGGAAACUUCAUACAUCUUUAGCAGAAGGAAGAAAAUUUCAAAGGAAUAAGGUGGAUUCAUUUUUGGUGGAAGCUGUUUCUCUGAGUCAUUUGCAAAAAGUGGUGAUAGGACAUGAUAGAGAAGGCUACGGGGCUGGGAUGUACCUCAAGAUGGUAACAGUCAAGGAAUCACAAGACUCAGAAAAAGAAUGGGUCUUCCCAUGGUGGGACUGGCUUGAUACUCAUCUGGGGUUAUGUGAGACUGUUUGUGAGAUUGUGACAGUUGGUAGAAGAUUGAUUUCUAGUCCUAAACUGCCUGAAAUCAACAUGAAGUCAUCAGGUCUCUGGAUAAUGGACAUCACUGGAUCUGACUUGAGCAAUGAAGAGGAUCCAAUAUGUCUUUCUUUUAUCUUCUACGGCAACCUGAGUCGCAAAAAGUUGCCACUUCAAGUUACAGGAAAAGCAAUUCAGUUCAAAUCCUUUGUGGGUUUUGAGGAAAUGCUUGAUCCCUGUGAGAAAACUGGAAGUUUUAAUCUUGAUUGGUUCCUCAGCCUUUGUUUUAACGUUGAUCGGUUCAUCCUGCAGCUGCAAAACAAAUAUAAGGCAGGACUGAGGGAAUGGGAGCAAGAUGAACUGGCAGAUAUUGGCUCAAUAUCCAAAGUUCAGGUAACUGGCCCACACAGCGAGCUAAAACAGCCAUGGCACUUAGAUUUACUGCAUAUGAAGCACACAGGCACAAAGGAAGAGAUGUAUUUAGCUUUUGAUUGCUGGUUCAACCCUAAUGAAGACAAAUGUGUGGAACUGCCAGCUCUCUAUGCAGAUCAGGAGCCUUUGCCCGUUGUGGAAUAUGCAAUCCAUCUGCACACGGGACACUUGAAGAAAGCAGAUGCCACUGGUGAGGCCUAUCUUUGUAUACAAGGAGAAAAGAGUGACUCGGGGAAACGAUGGCUUAACUCGAGAAACAGCCUGAUCACUUUUGCUAGAGGGCAGGUGGAUGUUUUCAAAAUCAAAGCAGUAUACCUUGGCAAGUUGAACCAAGUUCUUGUUGGAUUUAAGAGUCAAAAAAAAGAUGAGUGGUUCUUGGAAAAAAUUGUUAUAAAAGAAGUCUUCUACACUUUUUCUGCACAUGUUUUUGUUCACAAUGACUGGAUCAAUAAAUGCUCCAAGAAAGAUUUUGUAGAAGUGGCAAUUCCGCUCAAAGAAACAUCUGUGACAUCUCUUCUCACAAAAGAUUUUGAUAUUAAAAGCAGAGGACGAUGGCAAACAUGGGUGCACUGUACACAAGUACCAGAAGAUGUUCCUGAUAUUCAAGUUGUUGUAUUUGGAAGAAAAGGGAAAUCUCCUGCACAGGAAGUUCAGAAUCUGAAUGAUAAUCCAUUUUUGUUGACUGUUGGUGAUAUUGGAGAUAUAACAAAAGUUUCCUUUGUGUUAUCUGGUCCAUGCUUGGGAAGAGCAAUUAAACUUCACAAGCUUCGGCUAAAAGACCUGGACACUAAACAAGAGUUGGGUUUUCACACUGAAACCCAAUGGCUGUUUGGAGAAGAUGGAUCUGAGACUGUGACAGAGCUAGCAGCGGUCAGGCCAGACAAGCCACCGCUCAGGGGAGUUCUUUACUCGAUCAGUGUUCAUACGGGAACAUUGCCUGCAUCAGGGACUCAUGCAGAUGUAUUUAUCACAGUAUUUGGAGAGCAGGGAGAUUCCUGCAAAAGGAGACUAAGACACUCAAAUUUUGAAAGAGGACAGGUUCUUGGGAAAGGGUUGAGCAGUGAGAUGGCAAAGUGUUCUGAUGAUACUAAGUUAUUUAAGGUUUGUAUCUCUGAAAUGAGAGCAGUAGACCUUGGACAGUUAAGCAAAGUGCUUGUUGAGCACCAUAAUAUAGGUUAUGGAGCUGGAUGGUACCUGGACAAAAUCGUCAUCCGUGAAUCAGGCAAGGCUGAUGGCCAAUACGCAUUUCUUUGCCAGCAAUGGUUAGACAGUGGAGUUGGUGAUGCACAGACGGAACGAAUGUUGAAACUUCUUGGAAAAGUCAGGAAUGGGAUGUUGACAGGAAAGAUUUACGGGACUUGGGAUGUCCUUGUCACAACUAGUGAUAUUUCUUCUAGUUCCAUGAAUCCUAAAAUGUGUCUAACUGUAUGUGGUGAAAAAGGUACCUGUACUUCAGUCAUAUUCCCCAAAGGAUCGCUUAAAAAAAAGCAGAUUUAUGAGACUUCAGUUGAACUAAAUAAGAAAUUCAAUACUAUAUUCAAAGUUCGCCUAGAAAUUGAAGAAGCUGGAGAAGGAGAGACUUGGCAUUGCCGUGAGGUAAAGCUUCAACACAGAGAAAGUAAAAAUGUUCUAGAAUUUCCAUUUUGUCGCAACUUUGCAGAUGAAGAAGGAGGAAGAGUGGCUGAGCUUCCAGUUCUCACAGCUGGCUCUCCUUUUCCAGCAGUGAAAAGCUAUGUUCUCUAUGUCACUACGGGAGCACCCCCUGGGUCAGGAACAGAUGCAGAUGUGUAUGUCAUGCUGCAAGGUCUUUUGGGAGAUACUGGCAGAAGAAAAUUAAUCAGAAAAGGAGAUGAUAAUUUCACUAAUGGAAAGGUGGAUGUUUUUCAAGUGGAAGCAGUAGAUAUUGGGACUCUGCAAGGGAUGGUGGUUGAAAAAGGGAAAGGCUCUGACUGGCUUCUGGAGAAGAUUAUUGUGAAAGAGUCAGCAGCUGCAGGGAGAGAAACAUUGUUUAUGGCUCAAACAUGGCUAAAAGACAGACGAGAUGGAAAAAGAUCUGCCUCGUCGUUUCUAGUUAUCGUGGAUGCUGUUGAAUUGGGAGAACUGGACAAAGUUGUUCUUUUGAUCAGCAGUAAAACAGACUGCAAACUGGACAUUAAAAAAUUGCAUUUGAAAGAAGCUGUAAAGGAGCAUCCUAUCUAUGUAUUUGAAGUGAAUGAAGCAUUUUCUGUGGAUGCAAAUAAGCCAGAAAUACAGAGAGAAAUCCCAGUAUCUUUUGUUAUUAGAGGAGACAAAAAAAAGAAUGACAUAGAUAACAACUUACAUAAAGAAGGAAGUCAAGCAAGAAAUCUGACUGAGUAUACUAUUAAAGUAUACACAGGUGACAAAAGGGGAGCAGGGACUGAUGCCAAUGUGCAUAUUAUUUUAUUCGGGUAUGAGGACAAAUCUGAGGUAUUUCAACUCUCUCAGUCACUGGAGCAUCAAGACCCCUUUGAAAGAGGAAAGGUUGAUACAUUCAAGAUUAAUACAAAAAAAUUAGGAAGUCUACAUUCAAUUGAAAUUGGUCACGAUGGGAAAGGAUUUGCAAGUGGCUGGUUUCUGGAAAAAGUAGAAAUCACAGAUGCAUCUAGGAAUUCAGUGUAUUGCUUCAACUGUAACAGGUGGCUUGCUGAGGAUGAAAGUGAUGGCCGCACCGUAGUGCAACUUUAUCCAUAG